CUAGGUGCAUCGUGGCUGAAUUUGCCCAAACAAUCCUCGGCUCAUUUUGAGACGUCAUAACACCUUGUGUACUAGAUUUUAGUCAUGAUGUGGUUGCAUCACCAAUUCAAGAGGCAAAUUGGAAUUAAUCAUUUUGGGGUCGGCAGGGCUGCUUGGAAAGGCUGGAUGUCACUAAGCUACUGUACAGUAACAGCCUGUGAAUCGUCUGAUACCAUUCUUUGGUUCCACUUUUUAAAUUGUUUUUAUUUUUUAUUUUUGCAGGACCAGUAUGAACUGUCUAAUGGAAGAGGCAACUAAGAUGGAGAAAAUCAAAUUCCAGCACAUUGUCACUAUCUACGGGGUCUGCAACAGUCCUUUGGGGAUAGUGAUGGAAUAUAUGGCGAGAGGGUCCUUGGAGAAAAUUCUUCCCACUCACAAAAUGUCGUGGCAGCUCAAAUUCCGGGUUAUCCAUGAGAUGGGCUUGGCUAUGAAUUUCCUGCAUAGCAUGACACCUCCUUUGCUGCACUUAGAUCUAAAACCGGGGAACAUUCUCCUAGAUGGGAAUAUGCAUGUCAAGAUCUCGGACUUCGGGCUAUCAAAAUGGAUGGAGCAGUCUAGCCGAAUGCAAUAUAUUGAAAGUUCUGCUUUGAGAGGCACUUUGAGCUACAUCCCCCCCGAGAUGUUUCUCCAGAACAGCAAGCCCCCAGGAAUCAAAUACGAUGUGUACAGCUUUGGGAUUGUCAUUUGGGAGGUCCUUAUGCAGAAGAAACCUUACGCAGGAGCCAACAUGAUGGCCAUUAUCGUCAAAGUCGCAGCAGGGAAGAGGCCGUGCCUAGAACCCAUCAGCAACGAGUGGCCAGGGGAAUGCCAGCAGAUGGCUGACUUGAUGAAGAGGUGUUGGGACCAAGACCCUAAGCAAAGGCCAAGCUUUACAGAUAUCCCUGUGGAAACAGACAUGCUGCUGUCACUGAUACAGAGCCAUGUCGUAGAUCCAGAGAACGAGCGCCUUGUCAGGAAGAUGUCCCACAAGCCUGCCAUCUCUGGGAGCCAGCAGAGUGACAAAGAAGAGUUCACCUUCCCCCGAGACACCAGAAGUGGUGAAACUGAUAAUCAGGAGGUUCGUAUGCCACCUGCUUACGGUCAGGCUGAAAGUCCAGAGGAGAUCCUGUCCGAGGAAAUCUGCAGAGUCCAGCAAAACGGCCUCACGCUGCUUCACCUCAUGGUGAUCCAGGGAAAUGUGGAAAAGGUGAAGUUUCUCCUGAGCUGUAAAGCCAACGUGAACAGCCGGGUAGUCUGUGGCUACACCCCCCUCAUCAUGGCUGUUCAGAAGAGGUCACCAGAGAUCUGCUCGGUUCUGAUGGAGCACGGCGCGGACAUCAACAUGCCUGACGAUGAUGGUUGGACACCUCUUCACUUUGCUGCUCAGAACGGGGACGACAGAAUCGUACGCCUCUUGCUGGACCACCAGGCGCAGGUAAACGCUCAAGAGCAUGAUGGGUGGACCCCUCUGCACCUGGCAUCCCAGAAUAACUUUGAGAAUGUGGCCCGAGUACUGCUGUCUCGCCAGGCUGACUCCAACACCCAGGAGGUGGAUGGGAAAACGGCCCUCCAUGUGGCAGCUUGCUUUGGACACGUCGGCCUGGUGAAACUGCUCGCCAGUCAAGGAGCAGACCUGGAGAAAAAGCAGAAGAACCACAGAACCCCACUUCACGUUGCUGUGGAGAGGGGCAAGUUCAGGGUAGUCCAUUACCUGCUGAAGAACGGGACCUCCGUCAACAGCCUGGAUCAGAAUCAUUACAGCGCCCUGCACCUGGCCGUGGUGAGGGGCAAGUACCUCAUCUGUGAGAAGCUCAUCAAAUCCGGAGCCAAUGUGGAACUGAAGACAGACAAAGGCUGGACCCCCCUGCACCUGGCUGCUUUCAAAGGGCACAUCGAAAUCAUCCACCUGCUCAAAGACAGCCACGCCAAGCUGAAUGCCAGAGGGAGCAUGGACUGGACACCACUUCACUUGGCCACUCGCUACAGCGACGAGCCGGUAGUCUGUGAGCUGCUGAGGUGUGGGGCAGACCCCAACAUCGCUGAGAAAUCAGAGUGGGCCCCCCUCCAUUUCGCAGUCCAGCGGGGCUCCUUUUUGACUGUCAUCAAUCUGCUGGAGUGCAAGGCAGAUGUCAACGCUAAGAACAAAGUGGGCUGGACACCCUUGCACCUCGCUGUCCUCAAGGGCAAUAUGGCCAUUAUAAAGACCUUGAUUAAGGCUGGUGCUCUGCUUGACCUGGAAGAUACCACUGGCUGUACAGCCCUCCAGCUGGCAAUCAGACACCAGAAAGAAAACAUCAUUACGCUGCUUCAAGGCAAGGACUCGCUGAUUAAUAGAUUGGGGAACAGGACUCUGGUGAAUGAUGCUAAGAUUUCAAGACCCAAAUUUGUUCCAGGAAGGACGGAUUUGUAGAUUCAUCAAGUCCAGCAUUUAUCACUUCAGCCUUCCAGCUUAAACCACCGUAUCCUGUCACCUGGUGAUUACAGGAAAAUAGUUGUUUUAUUUUUCAUGGAAGUUUCAGAGCAUGAACACUAAAAGAGUAAAAGAAAAUGGAGCUGCAGAAAGAAGCCGACAAGUUAUUUUCCAGAGUCUGACCAAGAUGGUAGAACAUUUUGGCUUGUUGAUGCUGGCUUUAGGCAAUGCUUUCCUGUUGUAAUACUUACUGUGCAGUGAUGGAAAUGGGUAUAUGUACUCCCUUUUCAUAUGGGCAAUGCUGAAGAUGUGUACAGCAGCCCAUAUAUAUACACAUGUCUUCCGCAGAUUUUAUUGCUUUUAUUCUAUGUUUCCCUACAGAGCAAAUUGGUGUAAAACGGC